UGCACGAACAGCUGUUUUCUAUAUUUUCUGUAUACAACUUUAUCAAAAAGUGCAUAGGCAAAAUGCAAUUCAGUUAAACGCAGAAAUCCAAAUAAAUAUACAUUGAAAAUAAAUACGUGCAUAAAAAGCAACGAAAUGUCACAAGUGACGUCGUCAACGGCACAAAGUGCAGUUACCGCCCAAUCGGUAAGCAGGCGGUUGCCCAACAGCGAUGCUGCCGUUUGCGUGGGUGUCGGCGGAGUUGGAUAUGGCGAAACCGAAUGGGAGGCACGCGAGUCUCAGCGCCAGCGGGAGUUGCAUGAAGCGCGCGCCAGAGCUGCCCAGAUGGAAAAAACCAUGAAGUGGUGGUCCGAUUGCACCGCCAACUGGCGCGAGAAGUGGAGUAAGGUGCGCAACGAGCGUAACAAGGCUCGCGAGGAAUCCAAACAGUUGAAUAUCAAACUGGACGUCGCCAUGAAGGAGGCAUAUUCGCUGAAGCGUGAGAAAAAUGAUCUGGAGCUGCAGAUAACGCAGCUGAAGAAGGAAAUGGAAAAGGUGCACACGCUGAUGAUGAAACACGCCGGGCAAUUCCAUCGUGCCGAUACCAAUGAGGAUGCCGAAGCCAAUGGGCGGGAUGCCAAUUGCUCGCCGGAUAUCUCAUCGGAUGGCUUGAAAAAUGUGAACAGUGAGGAUGGCUUGGUCACCAAGCUGCCCAGCGAUGUCAAGGAUCUGGACAUUGAGGAGUUUGCACUUAAGGGCGCCAUGCCCAAGCACUUGACCGAUUUGGAUGAGGCUGCUGCCGCCGAGGAGAAGCGCCUAAUACAACAGCUAUCGAAGGAUGACUUCGACGAGGACUAUUUGCUGCAAAAGAUAUCCAUGCUGCAGCUGCGUUUGGAUGAGGCACAAAAAACCCUACAGGCAGAGCGAGAUGAAAAGCACGAGCUGCACAAGAGUAUUGAGAAGCUGGCGCUUGAGCUGCAGGAUGUGCGUGGACGCCAGGAGGAGUUGCGUUCUGCCAAGCAGGAAGCGGUGCGCGAACUUCUAACAUUACAGGAACAACAUCGCGCUGAGAUGCGCAUUGUGAACAACUCGCUGCAGGAGGAAAUAGCAGCACGCGAAAAUCUGGAGCGUCGGCUCAGUGAGCUGCGCACAGAGCUGGAGCAUUUGCAAGCCGAAAACGCUUCGGAAUGGGGUAAACGCGAGCGUUUAGAAUCUGAGAAGUUAGCUCUUGAGCGGGAUAACAAGAAGUUGCGUGCCGAGCUGCGUGACUAUCAGGAGCGUUCGGACCGCAAAUGUCGGCCGAUGCAGGCCAACGAUGUGGAGCUGCGGGCGCUGCAACAGGAGCUGUCGGAGCGCAACAAGGAGAUCAGCGAGGUCAAGAUGUCCCAUGCCAAGCUCAAAAAGUUGCUGGCCGAGACCAACACGGAGCUCGGCCAUGCGGUGCGACGUGCGGAGCAAUAUGAGGCAGAGGUAAAACGCUUGCGACAGCGCGUUGAAGAGCUGAAACGUGAAUUGGCCGGAGCCGAGGAUGAACUGGACUCGGCCGUUAACCAGGUGCGACGUCUGCAGCGCAGCAACGAUGAGCUGGUUGGCCAAACUGAGGGUCUGCAGGUGCAGAUACAACAUUUACAGAACAGACUCCGUAGCUAUGGCUCGACAAGUUUGCUGCUCGACGAUGAAACUGAGGGAAACAGCGAUUGAUCUAAACGUAGAAGUUUCGUGCAAACAAACAUUCGCUUUUAGUAUUCUAUUUACUGUUAAGUAUUAAUUUAAAUUCUAAAUCUAAUUCUAAUUUAGUUUAAUAUCGUUUCGAGGCCGCAAUUUGCCACACUCACUUGGCCUUUGAAACUUCAUCCUGGGAUAUGAUAUAUGAUAUGAAUAAUGAGCCAGGUUUGUGCAUUAUACUGGAAGUUCAGGUUUGAAAGCAGUUUAAAAGACCUUUUAAAAUUGAAAUAUUCUGUAUUAUUUUCAUAGAAAUCCAGUGCGAAUGCAGUAGUUGAGUGAACUCGACUACGAUAUACCCUGUACCCAGCCAAGUUUCCCUUCAAAAGUUGUCCUUUAAAAUUGUGGCUUUUGUUGCAAUCGGAAAUCGAUAAAUGUAUCGAUAAUUGAGAAACGGAUGCAGUUUUCGAUAAAAUUAAGCAAACGUGUUCUGUCUAAGUCUGUAGCUCCUAUAUGUCUGAAGACAAACGGAUGUACAGACGGACAUGGCUAUAUCGACUCGGCUGCUGAUUCUGAUCAAGAAUAUAUAUACUUAAUGGGGUCGUAGAUGCCUUCUUCUCUCUGUUACAUACUUUUGCACAAAACCCGUUUAAUCUUUUUACCAGAAUUUUAAUGGGUUCAGUAAAUAGAAAUCAUAAUAAUAAUAAUUAUAAUGUGACCCGAAAAUGUUGAAUAGAUUUUUUAACUUCAACAUAAUCCAUCUAUUCUAAUCAGCGUAAAAAAGCAUAGCAUACAACUUAGUGGAAAUUAAAAAAUUACACUUUUCAAGGAUAUUCAUUAGAAUUACACAGUUUGUAUUACAAAGUCUUUAAACUAGAGUCAAAAAUGUUAAUUUUGAAAUGAAAAUUACUGGUAAAGAUUGAUUAAAAAAUGCCCGAGAAUCCCUAAGUUAUACACCCCCGUAAAGAGCAUUUGUUCCACUUGUUUUUAGAUGUUAUUUUACUGGUAUCGAGAGUAUUUUGGAGUCGGUUACGUCUGACUUUUUUCCUCGAAUUAGCGCCUCUAUUCAUUGUAUGCCUAGUGCCAUAACUCAAGCUAAAACUUCGAAAACAUUUCACAGCAUUUUAGGGUUUAGUGCGUAUUCCAUUUACUAUACCCAAUAUUCAGAUCUCCUCAACUUUUGUAUUGUGCUUAUACAAAAAAAAAAAAAAAAAUUUACUUACUAAACACACAACCCAAAAACCGAUUUUAUACCAGAAUAAAAUGAGUUUCCUGUCCCUCUGUGAAAGUAUGAAUAUUUUCAUGACUCCAUUUUAAUAACUUUUCUACUAAUGUGAAAAUAUCACUUAUCUUGCCCUUAUGGUCCUGCACCUGCAUUCAUUGCCAAUAACCAAUCGACAGCCUAAACUGUUGCAUACAUAUGAAAUAUACAUAAAUAUAUUUGUUGGCCGUAGGAAAGGCUACAGUUUUACGAUAAAUAUUGGGCCAGGAAAACAUGAAAUAUUAAAAUUUAAGAUUGACUUUAUAAACGAUUUCGAUGUGCUCUUAAAUAUUUGCGAACUUUUGCUGACUAUGUUUGUAUUUUCUGAGGGAAGUGGAUUAAA